AUGCGACAACCUAUCCUGAUCGUCCUUUGCAUGGCGGUGCUCGUCACUGCGGCGAAGAGACGAACAGCCCCGACAAAAGAUGAACCGAUAAUUGUGGUUGGCGCUGGAUUGGCGGGUCUAUCGGCAACCCUUGAAGCGCUCCGAGAUGGCCAGAAAGUGGUCCUCGUCGAAGGAGAAAAGAACGUUGGCGGCAACUCGGCGAAGGCUUCGAGUGGCAUCAGCGCAUGCGGAACCGAUGCUCAAGAAAAAGCCGGCAUCGAAGAUUCGGCGACGCUGUUCCAGACCGACACCCUCAAUGCCGGAGACCACGAAAACGACGAGAGUCUUGUGCGCUUGCUCGUCGAGCAUUCGGAAGACGCCGUGCGAUUCUUGACUGAGGCCGGUGUCGACCUAUCUGACGUGAAUCUCUGUGGCGGCCACUCGGUACCCCGCACCCACUGGAUUCCCUCGCCGAAAGAAGGUCGCCCAACGCCGGUCGGUCUCGGAAUCAUCAAGGCCCUCUAUGCGAAAAUACAACAGUACUCUGAAGAGAAUCCAGGAAAAUACACGGAAUAUCUUGAAACGAAGGUCCUGGGACUGUCUUCAUGGAACGAGUACAUGGUUGGCGUGCGGGUCCGCUUGCAUAACGGCACCAUCAACGAGAUCGACGGCAAAGGCAUAAUUCUGGCGACCGGCGGGUUCACAGCGGACAAGGAUUCGGAGGCUUCGCUGCUGCUCGAGUUCGCUAGCGAUAAGGCGCAUCUACCCACGACCAACGGCGCAUUUGCACGCGGAGAUGGCGUCAAGAUGGCGCGGGCCAUGGGCGCGCAGGUGAUCGGGAUGAACAAAGUGCAGGUCCAUCCGACGGCUUUCAUCGACCCAAAGACCCCUGGGGACAACACAAAAUUCCUGGCUGCUGAGGCGUUGAGGGGAAAAGGAGCCCUGCUACUCAACUCCAAAGGAAAACGAAUCGGCAAUGAACUGGGCAGACGCGACUACCUGACCGGCCGGAUCAACAAGGAAUGCGAGAAAGUGGAGAGUUUUCAGGGUGGCUCAGGCCCGCACGUUGCCGCUAUAAUGUUGAUGACCGACGAGAUGGCGGACGCGUUCGGGCGCCCGGCGUUCGGCUUCUACGCGAAUGUCAAGAAAUUCUUUACCAAGUACGACGAUAUCAAGGCGUUUGCUGCGGCCCUGGGAGCUCCCUACACGGAGGUCGAGAAAACGAUCAGAGAAUACAAUGCCAUCGUUGAGGCAGAGGGCAAAAAGAAGAAGGAUCUUUUUGGAAAAACGGUGUUCCCGUUUGCUGUGGCGUUGGACAAGCCAGUGUACGCGGCACUCGUCACCCCGGCCCUCCACUACACGAUGGGCGGAUUGAGAAUCGACCGCAAUGCUUUCGUUUUCAACGAGUUCAUGGACCGCUCUUUCAAGGGGCUCCUGGCUGCUGGAGAGGUGACCGGCGGAGUGCACGGGUCGAAUCGUCUGGCCGGAAAUUCCCUGCUGGAAUGCGUCGUCUUCGGCCGGGUAGCCGGACGUUCGGCGUCGUUGAUCGAUUACACUGGAGAAGACGGAAUCAUGCACGCCGAGCUC